UCGACAUUCAGUUUGUUUUCAAACUCUCUCUGAAACUCAUUCCAAAAUGACUGGUCGCGGCAAAGGAGGAAAAGGACUCGGCAAGGGAGGCGCCAAACGUCAUCGCAAAGUUUUACGUGACAACAUCCAGGGAAUCACCAAGCCGGCCAUUCGUCGUCUUGCCCGUCGUGGUGGUGUCAAGCGAAUCUCUGGUCUCAUCUACGAGGAGACCCGCGGUGUGUUGAAGGUGUUCCUUGAGAACGUGAUUCGUGACGCCGUCACCUACACUGAACACGCCAAGAGGAAGACGGUGACGGCCAUGGACGUCGUCUACGCACUGAAGCGCCAGGGCCGCACUCUGUACGGUUUCGGCGGUUAAAUCUGAUUUU